UCUUUUUUAUGUCGGUAAAAACAUUGUAUCACCCUUUGUUCACAAGUAUCACAUUCUGUCUUUUAUCCUGUUAGAGGCUUGAAAGAACUAGUUUAAAAUGACUCAUGAUAUUAUAUCAUGAAUAAAGAGAGCUCAAUGAUUACCCAAUACAGUAAAAGGCUCAAGCUAAAUACUUGAUUUUUAUCUCUCUUUUUUUUUUGAUACAAUCAAUCAUGGAUACACAUAAACAUUCAUCAAAAGAUUCUUAUGUACAUUACAUCACACAUUAGAGAGUAGCUGGUUCUAGACUGAAUAGGGUUAUGCGUUUGUUCAAGGAGAGAGUGAACUUCUUACGCAUCAAUGUUUUGCCGUCUAGACUGUGACCGCCAAACAUAAAGCCAAAAACCUCAAGUAUUCGUCUGUCUCUUCCUUAUACUAAACCAAUGACACCAGCUGCUAACCAACUGGAAACUGUUCUUCGAUACGCAUAUCUACAUGGACUCAGUUCAGAGCAGUGGUUAGAGCCUACCAAAGAGUGUUUGCAAAUGGGUGAUGUGAGCACAGAACUGUGUGCCUUACUCCUUAACUCCAUCUUUAGUUUUACACGCGUUUCUGAUUCUUUGCUUGAAUCAUAUGUCACUAUUGCUACCACAGGCAAACCUAAUCUCAAUACAGAAAGCAGUAGCGUGUCAUUACCCGUCAUUGAACCCAUCACAUUCAUCCAUCAACUCGUACCAUUUGUUGAAUUAACAGCAAGCCAACACCCAUAUCAAUGGUCUUACCUCUUGAAGCUCUUGCCUGAACUAGUAUACUCUGUUGAUACAGAUACCAUUACCACGGAUCUUCAAAAAGGACAAGAGAAUCCUUGGGUACAAGUGCUGACCCAUGUGCUUGAAAUCUUGUCUCAUAUUGUAGCUGUGGGUCUAUAUCCAGAAUGGUAUUCAAAAUCGACUACUUCACCCAGUCUGGCAGCCAGUAGUCCAACCUUGGCUGCAGGUCUUUCUUUCAACAAUCACGAGAUGGGAUUUGAUUCCCAGUUCUCUUUUCAAUCACAACAUUCAAUCAACUAUGAUGCCGAUGCCACACUGGACAUUGACAAUACACAACGAAUGGAAGACGACGAUGUUCCUGUAAACCCAAUCUCGCAAUCAAACGCCCAAGACACGAUAAUGAAGAGUACGACCAGCUUACAAAAGUCAAUAGAGAUCGAAAAUGCUGCUACGGCAGCACAUAUUAUGAUUUACCUGAUCGAACAAAAGUCUGUCAAGCGUAUCUUUGAAGUCUGCAAUAAUCAGAAACGACAAGCAGGCACAAGUUCAGAUGAAGAGCCAUGGGUUCAAUGCCAAGCUAAGCUUUAUCCCAAAAACCCAACGAUAAAAGAAAACAUAUCACCUGUAGCAUCACAAAACCCAGAUAUCCAGCGCUUACUUCAGCUUAUUCAGCGAUUGACAGACCGAGAAUUAGAGAGACGCAUGGCUGUACAUAUGAAAUACCAUGAAUUAGAGGAUGAAGGAACCGCAAGAGCCAUGCCUAGUGCUGGCCUCAUGGGUCUUUUGUAUCAUCUAGUGCAAAUUAGACCUUCUUUAGAUGAUGAGCGUAUUAUAGAUUACUUGACAAAGCUACAAAAAAUCAAGGGCUCAUUUGACGAGUCAUUUUAUUUGGAAUUAUGGUUGACUGCCUUGACAGGCCUUCGUGAAGCCUCUCUGAAUACUAGCUGUCAGACACCUAAUAUGAACGAGAAGCAAGAAACCAGUUGUAAUGCAGUGGUGGCCACAAACAGAUUAUUAUGGAAAAGCCUAGUGCUUGUCAAAUUACCUUGUUUAAUUGAAAAAAUGCAAAAGAAAAAGCAAGACAAUCAGACUAGCGAGUUUAAUGCAAUAGAAUCUUCUUUAAGAGAGCUUAAAGCAUUUACAGGCCUGAUGAAUGCUUGUAGCCCACCCGCUUGUUGUUCUGAUUUUUAUGCGCCUGAUUCUGUGUCCUCAAUGCUUGUGGACAAAAUUGCAUUUGGAGGUGAUGGCGAUGACGAUGAUGAUGAUAUUAUGAAGAUGAUCAAUGACAUAAGCUAUACUUCUGAUCUCAACACAGCUUCCAUGAUGAAGUCUAUUCGAGCUAUUAGUAACAAUGACAUCUUUACCAAUAUUGUACAGGUCUGUGAACGCUAUGGCUUUGUGAGGCCACAUAUAGCAGUCAGUCUGUUGAAGCAGAAAGAAGACAGUAUGAUGGAUAUAGAAGACGAGAUGGAGAAAUCAAGCCCUAUUGACUUGAUUGAUCAGAACAUUGAUGCAAGAAUUGAAGUCUUAAGGAACAAUGUGUCUUUUUCUGCUCUUACUGAACUUAUUCAUAUUGGGCUUGUCUCACCUAUUCAUUUAAGCAGGAUUCUUGAUUUUUUGCUCGAAUUGCUCAAGAAAUGCUCUCUUCAGAAUGACUUUUUCUCUCUUGCCAAGAUAUGUGAAGCAUUGACAGAAUGUCCUUGCAGUAUAGAUUUGAUGCUUCAGUUGUACAAUCCAUAUGAUUUACUGGGACCUUUGGAGAGCAUCUGCAACCAUUGGACACCUACUACAGAUGUUGAUAUGGAUGUAGAAGAAAAUGACAGUGAAUUGGAUGGUAUUCAAUUAUUGUAUAGUAAAUUUGGCAAGAUUUGGAAUCUAUGGACUUCAGCUGCAAAAAGAUUCAAACUUUAUAGAAACAUGCAAGUCUUUGAGGAAAAAGAUGGCUUUUUGUACGACUAUUUUACUCAAGGCAGAUUGAUUUAUGGUCGAGAUGUUGAUGAUGAUGAACAGAUGGAAUCACUUAUCAAUCAUUGGAUGGCUGCAUUAGCUAGUAAUAAUGGACUAUCUGAUGAUCUGUUAAGAUCAACUCGACCCCAGCAUCUUGUAGUGAUUGUACCUACCAUUAUUCAUCGUAGCAUUCUACUUUAUGCUGCCAACAAACUCAGUCAGGACACACUCAUAAAUAUGGUUUUAUGUUUCUUCAAACCUUUCCUUCAUUUCACUAUAUCAACUGUCAUUUACGCACUUUGUGAUGAACUCCUUAACAGCCCACAUUCUUCUAUUAUCCUCACUUGUCUGUCUCGGAUUAUUCUUUCUAUGGACAUCCCACGCGAUACCAGUCUCCACCCUGUUCUAGGUACACUUGAAUCUUUGAAUGAAUUCAAUCGACAAGCAGCUACUUUGGAACCUGAAGCUGUCAAGAACAUGACUGAACUCGAACAAUUUAUCUCGACAAAAAAGAUGGUCAAAAUCACAGCUGAUAUUGAGACGGUCACGACAGGUGUUACACCCAAUACACUGUUUGAAAAAGCAUCGCUUAUGUUCAAGUACAUUGUCAAAAGCGGGCGAUCCAUGUAUAUGAGUGAUGUAGACGCAGAUACACACUCGUUAUGGGACACGCAAUCCAGAAUGCAAGUCGUUUCUCAUUACCUGGACAUGGUGUUGUUUGAGACAGCUUUGGAAAUUGGAGGUGGACAUUGGUUUGUCAGUAUGAUUGUGGAUCAAGUAUUGGAAGCCGGUAAAUGUGGUGGUGCUGUACGGGCAGGUAAGCAAUGUGACAAUAUAAUAACUUUGCUUACACUUCAACAUAUAGCUGAACUGGGUUCUUGCCUUAUCACAACACCUCUUUUGUACUCUAAUAAUCGCUACAAUAGCUGUAUUCAUCUGCUUCGAUGUUUAUUACAAGAUGUUUUGCCUUCAAUGCUACAAGAAAGCCCAGAACAAAACAUGUCUUAUUUCCAAGGCCAAACACUUGGUGUAUUUACAAGUAAUUGCCUUGUGUUGAUGCAAGAUCAACAUGAGUCUAUAAAUCAGCUAGGCAAAUGGUUUUUUGAUGCUUUGGUCAUAGACUUGGAUGAUAGCCAAAACAAAAAGAAGAUCAAGGUGCAGGACGAUAUAGAAGACACCAAGUUUGCUGAAUGGAAUGAUGCUGUUACAAAGAGUGCAGUGUGGAGAGGGUUUAUUAAGGGCUUAAUGAGUAAUCCAAUAAUUGAAGAAGUUUGGCCGAAUGCCUUCUUAUGAUAUAUAUACCAUGUACAUAGAUAAAUAAUAAU